GUGAGACACACACGUAUCCUCUGUACAGUCUCAGUGUUCAGCUUCAUCAUGGCCGGACGUCUGCUGUUUGUCUUCUUCAUGUAUGUCUUUAAUGGGAUUCAAACAGAAGCUCGUCUUCCACCUAAACUUACAGUGAAUUCAGCGGUGAUCAAAGAGACAGACUCAGUCACACUGAACUGUCAGACUCCAUCAUCUGUGUCUCAGUGUCAGUACUUCACUUUAAGUGGAGAAACUGUGAGGACAUUAUCCUGUCUGCAGACACUGACAGGAAGUGAACUGCUGAGGAUGGAUCAUAAGAGUUCACCUGCUGAGGUCAAAGUGAAAUGUUUUUACACUGUUCAGAGUGGAGACAUAAAUGCUCCAUCUCCACACAGUGACACAGUCUCCAUCAGCAUACACACUCUUCCUCAACCUGACCUGAUGGUGAAUCCAGCGAUGAUCACAGAGACAGACUCAGUCACACUGAAGUGUCAGACUCCAUCAUCUGUGUCUCAGUGUCAGUACUUCACUUUAAGUGGAGGAACUGUGAGGACAUUAUCCUGUCUGCAGACACUGACAGGAAGUGAGCUGCUGAAGAUGGAUCAUAAGAGUUCACCUGCUGAGGUCAAAGUGAAAUGUUUUUACACUGUUCAGAGUGGAGACAGAAAUGCUCGAUCUCCAGAAAGUGAAUAUUCCUCCGUCUCUGUUCAAAGUGAGACAAACUCAAACAAGGAGAGUCUCAGCACUUUGAAAACCUCAGUUUCUAUUGUAACUCCACCUGCUGAUCAAGGUUGGACUAUGGGCACAAGUAUAAAUGGUGGUUCCACUGUUACCUCCCAAACACCAGGGACACCAGAAUCAGAGAAGAUCAUGUGGGUGAUCGCAGCAGCUGUGACGGGGGGUGUCCUCCUGCUGGGAUUGGCCCUUCUCUUUGCUCAGAGCAGAAUUGAUAAAUGUGAUUCCAAAAGAACAAAAGCAAACAUUGCAGGUAAAUCCAAAGAUGAUCAGAAAUAUAUGGGUGGUUAUGAUGAAACGUACAGUAUCGUCUUCUAUGAAUGCAACAUUGAGUGAAAACUGCAGCACCUCAGAGAUGAAGGCUACAUCAGCUCAGAGAGAUACAGAGUGUUCAAAGCUCUCUGACAUUAGCUCAGAGGAAAAUGUUGUUUCCUGUAUCAUUAUCACAUUUAUUUCUCAUGUACAGCUUCAUUGCUUAAAUGAAUAACAUCUUUAUCAAAGUAGACAUUAGCACGGUGAACUGGUCUACUGCAUUGAUAGAAACAAAGAAAUCAGAAACUGAAUAAAGUUAGAAGAUAACAUCUCCUGUAUCACAAUGUUUGAA